AAUAAAUUAAGGGGAAAAAAGGAACAAUAAUAAUAGCAAUAACAAUAGCAACGAGAAAAAAUUAACGAGGGAGGGGAGAAGAGAAAGAAGGAAGGAGACAUUUAUAAAAAGCUCUUUCCCUUCCCCUAAAUCCCUCACACUCAUUCCAUUUUUACCUUUCUCUCUCGCUCGCAAACGCAAAUAAUAAAAAACAAGGUUUUAGCCAUGGCAUCGAAGCGGAUCUUGAAGGAACUCAAGGAUCUCCAAAAGGAUCCUCCUACCUCAUGCAGCGCCGGUCCUGUUGCUGAAGACAUGUUUCACUGGCAAGCAACAAUUAUGGGUCCUCCAGACAGUCCUUAUGCUGGAGGUGUUUUCCUAGUCACUAUUCAUUUCCCUCCAGAUUAUCCCUUUAAGCCACCCAAGGUUGCAUUCAGGACGAAGGUAUUUCACCCAAAUAUAAAUAGCAAUGGAAGCAUUUGCCUUGACAUAUUGAAGGAGCAGUGGAGCCCUGCGCUAACUAUUUCAAAGGUGUUGCUCUCAAUUUGUUCCCUGUUGACGGACCCUAAUCCUGACGAUCCUUUGGUCCCUGAAAUUGCCCACAUGUACAAGACAGACAGGAACAAGUACGAGUCAACUGCCAGAAGCUGGACCCAGAAAUAUGCCAUGGGUUAAGUGACCUUGUGGUAUGUUUGAGGGAGAGCCUUUCUACUCUCAGUGUUUAGGCCUCUCAGCCCUUGUAGGAAUAUUUGUCGUUUUAAAUCAUGAUUAAGGCCCCUCCAGUUGAAGAUGAAUGGGGGAAAACGUUUCUCCUGCUGUUUGUAUUGCAAAUGUUCAUGGUAAUUUAGAACAGUGAAAUGUUGCCCCAAUUAAAUGUUAUGCUCAAGUUUUUAACCGUUCUAUUAAGUGCCAUUUCAUGUUUUUCUUUUGUCAUUUAUGAACUUAAGCCUUAAUUUAAGAGUUGCUC